AUGUAUCAAAUAACAGCUACUCGGAACCCCAUUCACAGUCAGCUAAAUCACCAUCACGACAUUAAAAACAUAUGUCUAUACUGCACUAGUAAAAAGGUUGACACCGACUUGGACGGAUACCCAAGCGAAUACUGUAGUGACGAGUGUCGUCGAGAAGCGUCAGCCGCUGGCCUUGCAAACCCACCUUGUACACAAUGCGGAGUCUUUCCACAAAUCACAAAAUCAGCUUAUUGUGGGUGGACGAGGUGUCGUAACAUACCAAUGUGUAUGCAUUGCAAGGUAGAGUAUAUGAUGGCCAGGCAACUGGCACAGCAGCAGGAUAAACCCGUGUUUCAACGUUCGUUAUGGUGCUCGAUAAAAUGUCGUAAUUUGACACCAAAUUGGCAAUCGUUAGUGGUCGAGCGAAGUAGUCAAUUAUGUUUGGUAUGCAUACGAGAGAACGCAUUACAGGGCAAAGAUAUUUGUGGUGAUAUAUGUCAAGAUUACAUAAUUAAGAAUGCUCCGUGCCUCUUAAAUUUACCGACAAAUGGACAAAAAUUUAAAGACAUAUCCAAUCAGUUUAUAAAAUCAUGGAAACAUGCACAUAAACCACUCCCAGAUGUGACUGCCAUCUGGAAAAUCUAUUGUAGUGAGGCAAUGAAUAAACGUUACAACGCGUAUCGUGAUGCUGUUGAGUAUCAGCAAAAAUUAGCCGGUAAACCGUUUCCAAAAGGUGAUGGAAUGCGAAGACGAACAAUGACAGCUGGUAACGAACAACGGAGAUUUCAUGGAACAAAAAUGAAUUGCUUUGUUGGAUUAUUAAAAACCGCAAUACUAUGCUCAGACAAUACUUGUGCAAUAUGCUGCAUUAUUAGAGAAGGCUACAAAUUGAAAUUCGUCGGAACAGGAGAAAUAAGUCUCGCAUUCCAACGUUUCGGUCGAGGUCUUUAUUUCUCGGGCACAUCCUCAAAGUCAGAUGAUUACAAUGAAAAGUCCUUGAAAAACUAUAACGGAUUUAAGUAUAAAGCAAUGUUGUUAAAUAAAGUAGUAGUGGGCAAAGGAUUCCCACAAAUUGUGGACGAUACAAAUCUCGUGAGGCCACCAAACGGUUAUGACUCGAUACUUGGCGAACCGAGUUCAACCGGAAAUCUAAAUUAUGAUGAGGUGGUCGUGUAUGAUGAGGCUGCAUGUUUACCACAAUAUUUAAUUAUAUAUCGAGUGUAA